AUGGGCCGCCUCCGCCGUGGAGACUGGCACGCCGAAGCGAUCGACACCUUUGUAGGCCUGCGCACAGCGCAUCUCGACAACACAUCAGAUCUUCAGAAGCUUUGCGAUAGGAUCCUUCACUCAGUGCUGCAAACAAAGGGAUACGGCGCUGCCGAGGUGCUACGGACAUGGCAGUGGCUACACGAUAACGCCGGAGUGAGGAUCCUGCCCAGCUGGCCGGUCAGAAUUCUGCGCGCACAUUGGCGUGGGUCGCAAAAGUACCGAGAAUCCCGCGAGAUUUAUCAAGAACUGCGAGACAAGGAGUUCUGUGGGAUCAAAGACACCUACAGCAUACGAUCAACAAUGAUCCAGAUUGCGCUUGAAGCGGAUGACGCGGUGCAAGCCAGUGUCUUAUUCGCAGAACUCCUCGCUCUAUCACCUAAGGCCGGAACUGAUGUCGAGCUGACCUGUGCCUUUGCGAAACACGAUGCGAUGAAGUCCAAGUGGGGCAGUGUCAAGUCCAGAUUUGAGAAGGUCAAUAACCAGGGCUCACAAAGACGAGCAACAAGCAUACGACGCCGAGUGUCGCUCGAUGAUACUCUCGUAAACUUCAUCGCGGACAAGCAUGGAAGAUGUCGCGAAUUCAAGGCCUUAGACCAGUGGCUCAGUUAUUGCAAAGACGCCGGCUUCGUCACAACGGCCGCAUUCUGGAAGUCUAUGCUGGUCAAGUGCAAGAAGCAAUGGGGCUAUGGCGAGGUUGAGGCAGCGUCUCUCUUCAAGACUCUGCAAGAGCAAGAUAUCGAGUCGGACUUUCCGGAGGCGGAGGCGGUGGUCAGGAGCAUGAUGAUACCGAUACAACGGGAGUUCCCUACGAAGCGAAUCCGCAUCGCUACGCCAAAGCGACCUAUGGACAUUGGAUCGACAUUCGAACGAAUGAAACUGGAUGCCCAGAAAGGCCAGUGGAAUAGUGUUCUCAGCACCUACAACCGCGCCGUGCGCAACGGGCAGGGUUACUCAAGCGGCUGUCUUCAGCUCGCCGUGCAAGCCAGCAUGAAGGUCAACGAACCAUCGACGGAGCACGCCGUGUCGUUGAUUAGCAAGGCGCAGAGCGAUGGUCACGACAUUAGCAAUGCCAUGGUGCCUCUCGUGUUGGCGGAUCUGGAUGAGAUCCAGGCCGUGGGCCAACAGAUGAGGGACAGCAGCGAGGCCCGCGCAUCGGGCCCGGCAGCGGUGCGGCCGUUCCCGGCGAUCCAGCGCCUUUUUUCGGAUCUUCUUGAGCAGGGCCAUCAAAUCGACAACUUUGUGUUCCACCGGGCGGCGCAGGUGUGCCUGGCGCUGCGCAACUACCGCGAGGUCGUGACGAUCUGCGUGUUCGCGGCACAGUGCAACGGGUCACGGGACCUGGCGUACAGUGUGUGGAACUUUUCGGACCUGUGCCAGGCGUUCACCAAGCAGCACGAAUACGUGCGGCUCCGGUGGCUCAUGAGCGACGUUCUGGGUCGCGACUACAGGAUGACGAAGCAGUGCCGAACGAGCCUCAAGUGGGUGGUGCACUACCUGAAGAGGGCGUCCCAGGCCGACAAGGCCGAGGAUCUCAAGGCGUCAGACCUAUCGAUGCUGGCCUGUGUUGAGGAGACGUUGAAGAAGGUGACCAAGGAGAAGGCUCAGUGGAAGGCGAGCGAGCGGGCCAAUGUCGCACAGAUUGUGGCGCGCCAGAACGAGAAACAAGCACGCACACGCAGGACAGAGACAGGAGGUCUUGAUUAUUACGCCCCGUUGCGCCGAGGUCUGGACGGAAAGCCGUCACGAUGGUCGGGGCGAGUGGAGGAAGAACAAGAAGACGGAUCUACGGCUGUCGGCAACAAGACCGAGGCAUAG